GUGAUAAAAGGUGGAGAUAACAAAAGAGAACCAACCAAGUCCAACACAUGGCUCUUUGUUCCUCACUUUCACUUAUCCCUCCCAUAAUCACUUCUCCAUCCAAACCCACUUCCAAAUCCUUCUCAUCUUCAACACCAUCCAACUUUCAUGGCAUAUUCAAAAAGAGUAACAACAAUUCAACAAAGUUCUUGUUGAAUGCUGGUUUUAAUCUCAUUGAACCUGACCUCAAUGAAGAUCCUAUAGAUCAAUUUCGCACUAAUGGCAUUGCACCUGAAGAUUUUGAGUAUGGUAUAUUUGAUGGUCAUCAUACUUUCUAUGAAGGAGAAGAAAAGACAGGAACAUUUUGGGGUGCUAUUAUGGAUGAUGUAAUAGCAGUAGGACCCCCCACUGGAUUUCAGGGGCUUAUUUCAUGGCUCUUCCCACCAGCCAUUGCUGCAGGGGUAUUCUUCGAUGUUCCGGGGGAGUACUUAUUCAUUGGAGCAGGCAUAUUUACAAUUGUAUUUUGCAUUAUUGAAAUGGAUAAACCUGAUCAACCUCAUCACUUUGAACCUCAAAUAUACAAUAUGGAAAGAAGAGCUAGAGACAAGUUGAUAAAUGAGUAUAAUACAAUGAGCAUAUGGGAUUUUAAUGAAAAAUAUGGAGACCUUUGGGAUUUUACAAUCACCAAGGAUGCCAAUGAUAUAAUGAAGAGAUAACUAUUUGUCUAUAAUGUAGAUGGCAUUUUAAUAUUUAAAAUAUAAUGAAUGAAUAUGAAGCAUACCCUUAUAAAUUUUUAAAUUUUCAUGCUUUUAUGUUGAA